UGGGCGCCGGGUGGCGACCGAAUGGAGAGGAAGGGUUCGGCGGCCGGGGCCAAGGGGAACCCGAGCCCGCCGGCAGCCGGCGAGGCUCAACGGCCGCAGCCGCCGCUGUGCGUCCCGGGCGGCGGCGGAGGGACCCCGGCGCGGGGCCAGGGUGGCGCGGCUGCGGAGCCAGCCGAGUUCAUCCGGCGAGCGCAAGAGUUCAAGAGCCAAGGGGCGCAGUGCUACAAGGAUAAGAAAUUCCGCGAAGCCAUCGGCAAAUACCACAGGGCGUUGCUGGAGCUGAAGGGGCUGCUGCCGGCCUCCGGGGAACGGGAGCGGGACUCGCGCGCGGCCUCCCAGGCCGGGGCCCCCAACCCCGGGAGCCUCUCGGAGGAGCAGAGCAAGACGGUGGAAGCCAUCGAGAUCGACUGCUACAACAGCCUGGCAGCCUGCCUGCUGCAGGCUGAGCUGGUGAACUAUGAACGAGUCAAAGAGUACUGCCUCAAAGUCCUGAAGAAAGAAGGGGAGAAUUUCAAGGCCCUUUACCGGUCCGGUGUGGCCUUCUACCACCUUGGAGACUAUGACAAAGCACUCUACUACCUGAAAGAAGCAAGGACCCGACAGCCAACAGACACCAACGUGAUUCGAUAUAUCCAGCUGACGGAGAUGAAGCUCAGCCGAUGCUCCCAGAGAGAGAAGGAAGCCAUGUAACGAGAACACCUUUCUAGAGCCGAGCCUGACCCGCGGCAUCCAGGCACCCGCUGGUGGAGAGCCCUUCCCAGGGUUCUGUUCCUUUCUCCCCGCUUCCUCCUCCUAUUGCCCCUCAACUCUUCGUCUACUCCCAGCGUGAAAAGAAGGAGACGGGCAGAUUUGGAAUCUGGUGGGUUGCCCUGACAAGGGACAUCCUCUUUCCAGUAGGGCAGCCGCUGGGAGAGACCUAACUUCAGCGGGAACAGCUGGAGAGGACUGUCACAGGUGGGGAACGCCAUUGCAGCUUUGACUUGGGCCAGUGCUUCUGGCAGAGGCAGAGCCUGGCAGGUGCACCAUCCCAAAGGCGUCAGGCACGGAGCCCACGGGCUGGACCCCUCCACAGCUUCCUGACAGACUGCAGCAUCUCAAGGCAACUGUGACAAAUCCAGGGAUGCGACAGACACCAGAAGCGUUGGUUAAGCCAACAGAGUCUGAGAAUCUGUACACUGGAUUUCUGCACACACACCCGCUCCCCACCCACAAGAACCUCAGGCCCUGCCUCCCUCCCUCACGUGUUGUCUUGGUUUGUGCUUUCUCCUCUCCCACUUGGGGAUCUCAGACUCUGCCAGGAUUCACAUGCCAUCGAAGCCCACUCUCCGUGCCCUCUGGUGACCACACAUACCAUUCUCCCAGACUCCCAGCCAGCAGGCAGCUGUGACAGCAGAAGAGCAGGGUAGAGUGGGCCAGGGGCUGACCACAUAGGGAUGGGGGGAGGGAGAGAUGAUAUCUAGGGGAAAGAGCAUUGUAUAGACUGGGAGACUGAACUGCGGACGAAUUAAGUGUAAAUAAAAAUAAAUUAACAGGCA